AUGGUUGCCACGCUGCCUCUACCGAGGCACCUCGUACAAUAUUUCCCUACUCUGCUAAUAUCCAUCCUCCAGCAGUUCGCGUUCUACUCCUUCGCUGCGAUGCUGGUGAUACCUUGGCUUUUCUGCGUCUAUCGGCUAGUUGUCGUCCCCCUUGGACGUCAGAAGCGGGUCAAGUAUACCCUUAAUGAGUUGACCGCCCCGAAGGUAGUUGUGGUCAUGCCGGUCUACAAGGAGCCACCGGACUCCCUGUGGAGAGCUCUAAAUUCCGUAGUAAACUGCGAUUACCCUGCCGCUUGCAUUCACGUGUUUGUCUCUUUCGAUGGCGAUGACAUUGAUGAGCUUUACCUGAAGACAAUCGAUCGGCUCGGCAUGCCUGUUACCUUGAAGGACUUUCCAAAAUCGAUCGACGUGGCAUUCAACGGGGCGCGGGUCACAGUCUCGAGGUUUCCACAUGGAGGGAAGCGACAUUGCCAGAAGGCGACAUUCCUCCUCAUCGACAAGAUCUACAAACGGUAUCUCCAGGAGAAAGACGACCUCUUCAUCUUGUUCAUCGACUCCGACUGUAUCUUGGAUCCUGUGUGCAUCCAGAACUUUAUGUACGACAUGGAAUUGAGGCCUGGCAGCAAACAUAAUAUGCUGGCGAUGACUGGUAUUAUCACAUCAUCCACGAAGAAGCACUCCUUCAUCACCUUGUUGCAGGAUAUGGAAUACGUGCACGGCCAGCUGUUCGAAAGAUCAGUUGAAUCAGGCUGUGGCGCCGUCACAUGUUUGCCUGGGGCCUUGACCUUGCUUCGGUUCUCAGCAUUUCGAAACAUGGCGCGAUUCUACUUCUCUGACAAGGCGGAAGAAUGCGAGGACCUCUUUGAUUAUGCUAAAACGCAUCUCGGCGAAGACCGAUGGUUGACACAUCUGUUCAUGCUCGGUGCCAAACAGCGGUAUCAGAUCCAACUGAGCACCAGUGCCUUUUGCAAGACUGAAGCGGUGCAAACAUUUCGGUCCUUGCUCAAGCAGAGGCGUCGGUGGUUCUUAGGAUUCAUCACCAACGAGGUUUGCAUGUUGACGGAUGGCCGACUUUGGAGGAAGUACCCCAUGCUCUGCCUUCUUCGAUUUGCCACUAUUACCAUCCGGACGACGGCACUCCUCCUUUUGAUCACCAUCAUCUCGAUAUCGAGCACCUCAACUCGUGUAGAUUCCUUGCCCUGGGAGUUCAUGUGCAUCUCCUGCGGUUUGAACUGGUUGCUCAUGUUUUACUUUGCAAUCAGGCUCCACCGGUGGAAGGCUGCCCUGUAUCCGAUGAUGUUUAUGUUGAACCCGUUCUUGAACUGGGUCUAUAUGGUGUAUGGCGUCUUCACAGCUGGGCAAAGAACGUGGGGCGGGCCGAGAGCAGACGCAGGGGCAGCAGAUGCUAAGGUGACACCACAGCAGGCCAUCGAACACGCCAUUGCCACCGGAGACGACUUGAAUAUUGUCCCCGAAACAUUCAAGCCAGCCAUUGAAUUUCGACGGCGCCGUACCCGACCGUCGGCACUCCAACCAUCGUCAAGUGUCGAGGGUCGAUUCUUUUCCGCAGAACAAGAACCCGGCCAGUUGCCUGACAAUGAUGUAGCCUCGACAACCCCAACAAAUGUCAAUUUUAGCUCGCAGCAGCACCGAUAUGAGCACGAAUCUCUUGACAUGAGCGAUUCAGAUAGUUUAUCUGUCCAUACGCCAAAAUGGAUCAACAACUUCAGCGAAGACGAGGAGAGAGGGAGCCGUCAAAGUCGGGAAGCUCACAUGGAGCCAAGGCCGAGGAGCAUGGUCACAGACCUUCAGCAACGCAUGAGAGAAAGCCACUCCGCAGCGCGAAACACAGUGGCCGUCAUUCCAGCCUUACAGGAUCAGAGGGACCUGUAUACACCUGCCGAACCACGUGAUGUUCGGCAAGGGAUGAUAAGAAUUCAACACAUUGACAAUCGAAGUCCCUUGGGGCGAAACAGUCCGCUGAUGGCCGUCUCUGUGGAGGAAGAUGUCCCUGCUCUGGAAAUGGAAGAGAAAGAGGAUCGGGACAUGGCGGAUAUCAAGAAGGUCAAGAGAAGGUCAUUGAAGAAGCACCAGCGGCUGCGGAAGAGAAGCCCGAGUCCGGGCAAAAUGGUGUAA